GGGGGUAGAGAGAGAGAGAGAGAGAGAGACAGAGAGAGAGAUGCUGUUCUAAAUCCUGUUCUACGGUUUUGACUAUUUCACUUUCUGGGUAUCAUAUAGGUGUGUGUAUAUGGGUUGUCAUCGAUUUAUGUAGCAAUAUAUAGCUACGUUGGUGUUGCUAAGAUCGAGGAUUUUCAUUUUCAAUGUCCAAGCAUAGAGGAGGAUGAACAAUAGGAGUUGCCAAAAAGUAUAGUAUUCAACUCCAAACUAUUCCAUUUCAUGAAUUAGUGGUUUAAUUCAACCAAUAAUUAACAUAUAGCGACAUACAAGCAACUGUUUCUUUUGUCUUGCUUCAAAUUGUGAUCUUAAAAUCCAAUUUCCAAGGCAAGUGUAGGAAGCUCUCGAAGUUGAAGAAAACUUAUUAGAUGAAUAUGAUGAUGGAAGAAGAAAGAAAUGACUCGGAAUGUUCCAAGACAAGCCCUUCUAACGAAGAAGGUUGUGAAAAUGAGGGCAAUGAAGAUGAGAAUAAGCAAAACAACAAUGGAGGAAGCUCAAGCAAUAGCACUGUGGAAGAGAACGAGAAGAAGACAACUGUGAGGCCUUAUGUUAGAUCCAAGUUGCCAAGGCUACGUUGGACUCCUGAUCUUCAUCUUCGCUUUGUUCAUGCUGUUCAAAGACUUGGUGGACAAGAGAGAGCAACCCCAAAGUUAGUUCUUCAGUUGAUGAAUAUCAAAGGUUUAAGUAUUGCUCAUGUCAAGAGUCAUUUACAGAUGUACAGGAGCAAGAAAGUAGUUGACCCAAAUCAAGUAUUGGCUGAUCAAAGGGUUCUUGUAGACAAUGGAGACAGAAAUGUUUAUAAUCUAAGCCAAAUUCCCAUGCUUCAAGGCUAUAAUCCAACCCAAAGUUCAGCAUACAGAUAUGGAUAUGGAGAUGCAUCUCUUGCUAUCUAUGAAAAUAUGAUGAUGCAUGGGCCAUUCAUGGGUGGGAGUUCAGUAGAUGAAUUUGGUGGUAGCAGAAUAACUGAGAGAAUCCAUGGGACCAAUAGUAACAUCAAUUGGACUCAUAUGUUCCAAGUUGAUUCUUCCAAUUUUGGUGAACUAUCAACAAGUAAAGUCCAUGAACCAAAAGAUAAAUUCCUCUCAAUUGGUGGCCAUGAAUCAAUAUGCACACAAAUCAAAAUGAGCCAAGUUGAUCUUCAUCCAUCAACCAAAGUGCAUCCAAGUGCACAAGAGCUCAUGCCAUAUAACAAAUUUGCCACAAACCCAGUGGAACAUAAGUCCUUGAAAAGGAAGUCUUCAGAUAUUAAUCUUGAUUUGGAUCUGUCACUUAAAUUAAAUUCAAGGAAUAUCAGUGCUGAGAACCAAUUAGAAAGCAUGGAGGACCAUGAAGUUGACAGCAAUCUAUCACUCUCUCUGUGUUUUCAAUCCUCUUCCUCUAACCUUAGCAACAGGUUGAAAGUAGCCCAAUAUUGUUCCAAGAGGCAAGGGGAAAAAGCAAGUGCUUUGGAUCUGACUAUAUGAAUGAGACAAAUUUUAAG